UUAGGUCAGACUGGGGGUCAAGUGAUAUCUGCUGCUGGAUUAACUUUUCGCCAGUCUGUCACCAAUUGAGUGGAGGAAAACAUGCGGUUUUUCCGCCUUGUUGCAUUUUUCUCGUCCUUGGGGCUCCUGAUGGUCUCAGGAUCCUCAACCCCAAAGUGUCCUGAUUCGUGCACCUGUCCCGAGCACCCUGAGGAUCUCUUCGUGAUCGACUGCCCCGGACUGAGCGCCUUGGUUCUUCCCAACAACACCCUGCAAGUGGACUGCCUGCAGGACUUUGACCCUGACAAAUUUCCGGGAAAGUUUCCCUCCGCCCCUGAGGUGUCCCUGACCAACUGCCCGCCAGACGCGUUUUCCUCCGACCUGACCAAGAGCCUGUUCCUGCGAAACCUAUCCAAGCCAACCUCCAGGGUUAGGCUGGGCAGCUGGCCGAGUUUGCAAAAGCUGGACGUGUCGCACAAUGAGCUCGAGUUCCUCUCCUCCAGGUUUUUGGAAGGGAUGAACGGCGUUGUACAGCUCGACCUUUCCAGAUGCCGCCUCCUCUUCAUCUACCCCUCUGUCUUUAAAGAUUUUUCGCUUCUGCAGGAGCUGUACUUGGAAGACAACAAGCUGACCGAAAUCGAAGAUAACCAAUUUGGAGAGUUGUCCAGUUUGUGGCUGCUGCAUCUGUGGGGCAACCGCCUGUCCCGCUUGGAAAACAACUCGUUCUCCGGGCUGACAGAGCUGCGGCAGCUCGACCUGUCGCACAACCGGCUCUCCACCAUAAACCCGGUCAUCCUGGCCCCUCUAAAAAAAUUGCAGCACCUGGACCUGUCGCACAACAGGUUCCAGUCGCUGCCAGGCAACCUGCUGAGGCACAGCUCCAAGCUGCAGGUCUUCAAAUUCGAGCACAACCUGAAACAGAGUGUCCGCAAUCCUGACGCCGAGUGGCUGCAGACGAUUGAGAUUCCUCAGGGCUUCCUGUCGGACCUGCCCGACCUGAGACGCGCCUCCUUCGCCGAAUCCGCGGUGGCCGUUGUGCCCAGGUUCCUCCUUCGAGGCUCGGCCAGCCUGACGCACCUGAACCUUAAAGGCAACCGCCUGACGACCAUACCUAAAUUCUUCCUGCUCGACGCCGUGCAGCUCAGGUGGAUGGACCUCAGCCAUAACCAGCUGUCCAGCGUGACUGGCGACCUGCUCUCAGGACUGUCCACCAGCCUGCUCUACCUGAACGUCAGCAACAACCGGCUGAGCUCUCUGCCACCGGGAGCUGUCUACGAAAGUGUCCACGUCCUGGACAUGAGACACAACGAGCUGGAGACCCUGUCUAAUGACGUCACUCAGCAGCUCAGGAAGAAUGUCGAUUUGAGGGAGUUGUUCUUUGUGCAGGGCAAUCCUUGGAAUUGCAAAGAUAGAAAUACGGAAGAGUUAUUCAAAAUUGUUGUCCAGAUUUUGGACAAGGGAGUCGCGUCAGACUUUGAAAGUGGCUGUUAAUGCGACAAAUAAUAACACUGGAGUAUGAUUAUUUAUUGAAUUAUGAUUGUAUAGAAUAUUUUAAAUUAAAAGAGAAUGGAAAUCAUUUUGAAAUCUACUCGAUUGGACUCCAAACUCUCAGAUUAAUUUAAAACCAUAUUUCCAAAAGCUAUUUUUUAGUUUUUAGUACUUGAAAAAAAAUUGUAAAUGUCCUUACAGAUUAAGUUGGAUGAGAAAAUAAAUUCAUGUGAUUCAAAUUUUGA